UGCAGACCGAUAUUCCAGCAUUUGUAUCUUUGGGGGACACGGUCAAGCCAUAUCACGCUGUAGCAAUCCCCACUCUACACAUCCACACUUUUUGCUUUCCCACAGAUUUUUGGGGUAGGAAAGACCAAGUGGUCCAUGUCUUUGCCAUCACACAGGACCUUCAAAAGAUUGCCUUUAACCUAAAAUCAUCUUGUGUCCCCUUGCAGAACCUUGUUCCUGAUAUGUCUGAUGACUACAGCUACGACUCCACAUCCUCUAUGGAUGACUAUGUGAACUUCAACUUCACUGACGUCUUCUGUAAGAAAAAUAAUGUCAGGAAGUUUGCAAGCCAUUUCCUGCCCCCCCUGUAUUGGCUCGUGUUCAUUGUAGGAACGCUGGGCAACAGUCUGGUCGUCCUUGUCUACUGGUACUGCACAAGAGUGAAGACCAUGACUGACAUGUUCCUUUUGAAUUUGGCGAUUGCUGACCUUCUGUUUCUCGUCACUCUUCCCUUCUGGGCCAUUGCCGCUGCUGACCAAUGGACUUUCCAGACCUUCAUGUGCAAAGUAGUCAACGGCAUGUACAAGAUGAAUUUCUACAGCUGUGUGUUAUUGAUCAUGUGCAUCAGCGUGGAUAGGUACAUUGCCAUUGCGCAGGCCAUGAAAGCGCAGACCUGGCGGUGGAAGAGACUUCUCUACAGCAAGAUGGUUUGUGUUGCCAUCUGGGUGAUGGCGGCUGUGCUCUGCAUCCCAGAACUCCUGUACAGCCAAGUCAAGGAGCAAGCUAGCAUCACUGUCUGUACCAUGGUUUACCCUAGCGAUGAAAGUACCAAACUCAAGUCAGCUGUCUUGACUCUGAAGGUCAUCCUGGGGUUCUUCCUUCCCUUUGUAGUCAUGGCUAGCUGUUACACCAUCAUCAUUCAUACCCUAAAUCAGGCCAAGAGGUCUUCCAAGCACAAGGCCCUGAAGGUGACCAUCACUGUCCUCACUGUCUUUGUCUUGUCUCAGUUUCCCUACAACUGCAUUCUGUUAGUGCAGACCAUAGAUGCUUAUACCAUGUUCAUUUCCAACUGUGCCAUAUCCACCAACAUUGAUAUCUGCUUCCAGGUUACUCAGACCAUUGCCUUUUUCCACAGUUGCCUGAACCCGGUUCUCUACGUUUUUGUGGGUGAGAGAUUCCGCCGGGAUCUUGUGAAAACCCUGAAGAACUUGGGCUGCAUCAGCCAGGCCCAGUGGGUUUCUUUCACAAGGAGAGAAGGGAGCUUGAAGUUGUCAUCUAUGUUGCUAGAGACAACUUCUGGAGCUCUCUCUCUCUGAGGGACCUGCUCUCUGAGGUAGAUGGUCCUUCUGGAAACAACAUACAAUAUAUAGAUACAGUUCUCCACCGAUGGGACCAGAGAAACCAAGGAAUCAAAAGGAAAUGAGAAAAAGGAAACAAAAACUUAGGAAGGGAUGAAAAGAAUUUGCCAAACCAGAGUUUUCAAAAUUGACUCUCCCAGAAGAACACUGGCUCUUGGCUGCAAUAAUUACAACUUUUCAGAGGAGGAUUAAUGAACAAGUGGUGAGGACCACCUGACUUUGGCACAGAAUUCUCUCAGGACUCUGUGAGUUGCCCUGGCCUCAGCUCUGAUGCUGUCCCUUCCCAAAGGGGACACAGAGGCAUUGGUAAUGGCCACAGUCCAUAAAAGAUCUGGUUUGGGGCUCUACCCAAGUCAAGUCUUACAGAUUCUUGACCUAGAGUACUUCCAAAUGUUCUCAGACACUGUCUGGUCUUUUCUGGGUCACUGGGGGGGGGUCCUUAUUCCUGUUUUGAAAUGAUCUGGAGGACUGAUCAGUGAGCCCCUGGACACCUGACCACACCAGCCAAUCACCGGGAACCUGUGGGCUGCCAACUCGUUUCCUGGCCUGCUGGCCACAGGUUUGACCCGGGCAAGGAUCCAGUUUGUUCACUGGUGUCACGGAAGUAGUCCUCACAGCCUGAGUAGGCUGCGAGGAACCAGCACUUGCUCUGUUAUGGGCUUUCUCAAUGGAGUGGCACUUGUUGCUGAUCCCCCUGAAAAUUGGAUUGGCUCGACGGCCCUCUUCCUUCUGGGUCUAAUGGAGGCUGUCUGCCUCCAGGCUUCUCCUUUUCUCACUCUAUAACACCAACCAUUCAAAUGCUUGCAACUUUAGAGAUUAGACUGAAAAAAUAUGUAAUAUACUUCACUUUUGAUUUGUGUCUUUCUUUGAACUAUUUGGCAAAUUUAUCACAUUUGAAAACAUUCUACAUGUUGGAAAAGUGCUUUUUAAUAUACAUUUAAAAUAGUAAUUACUUGCCACUUGCUUUACCCCAUCUCAAUAUUUUAAGUGUCUGCAAUUAAGGAUCCAAUAGACAAACAAUGAGAUGAAGAGGAAGAGACUGGGUAGGAACAUAAACUCUCCACACACCUUCAAACCAUCUUGGCUGAACAGUUUUCUCUCUCCUCUGGCCAAACUUAUUUCAUAGGUCGUUCCCAGCUACCUAGACGGGACUCCUCGGGAGGAGGACUGGAACAGCAUCAUGAACCGCCCACCUUUAAAUUUGCCACGUUAUCCACAGUUAAGAGUCUGACUUCACUAUAGACAGUUGUCUUCAGUCCCAACACCAUCCCUUCCCAAAAGGACAAACCAAGCCCUCUUUGAAGGGUUUGCCAACAUUUGCCAAUCCUGACUUUGUGCUGAGGACCAGAGGCUGAACAGACAGACAGGCAGGCAAGGGCUUGACCAGCCUUCUCCAUGUACCACUUCACACAGCUCUAAACUAUGACAUGUGGCAGUCAAGGCUGGAGGGUGUGUGUGUGUGUGUGUGUGUGUGUGUGCAUGCAGGCCCAAGGAUACUGCACACAGGUCGAGGCACCCUUCUGCACUGUGGGAUUCCUGAUGCUGGCUUUCCUUGUUUUCCCACCCUGUCCCCCACCUUCACCUUCCCUAGCUCCUCUCUCACAAAUAUGAGUCAUGGCCACUUAUAACUUUCCUUGUCCCCAUUUAGGAUGCAGCUUGUAGCUCUAGGUUAGAUCCAUGGUGUGCAGAGGGGCAAGAAGACACUAUCCACUGCUGUCCACCUGCACCUGGUCAGCUCCAAAGGGACAUCCUGGCAUGCUAGGCCUCUUAGGCAGGUCCUGGCCAGGUUGCAAAUGUGAGUGAGCAACUCCAUGCAGAGAGGGUGGUCACGCUCAUGGGAGGUGCUGAGAUCAGGAGACGGUGGAAGCUGGUGAUGACCUUGCUAGAAAAUUCUGAAAUUCAAGGCAGGCUGUAGCUGGUUAAGGUACAAACCAGUUGGGAAGUGAAGGUAUGGAAAGAAGGUGUAGACGAAAUUUGUGUUAAGUUUGCUAUGAUGAAGUACAAAGGAGUAAACAAUAAAAUGAAACAAAAUGCAAGCUUUUCAAAAUAAUGUUCCUUUUGACUUUCUUUCAUUCAUAAUUAAAUGGAGAAAAUCCUGACUCUAUGAACUGGCUUACACUCAAUUCAACGGUGUCCCAAUUAAUGAUGCCAUAAAGCUUAGUGGCAUAAAGUAAUAAUUGAUUUAUUCUGCCCAUACCUUUAUGGGUUGGGAAUUUGGAAAGGACUUAGCUGGUCACAUCUAGCUUGGGUUCUCUCAUGGGGCUGCAGUCAGAUGUUGGCUGGGGCCUAGGUCUCCUGAAGGCUUGACUGGAAGGGUCAGGCCCAUGGCUGGCCAUUGAAGCUAGCUGCCAGGCAGGGCCUGGCACUUGGUCUCUUCAGCAUGGUGUCCUUAGAAGAUUCACAUUUCUCACAUGGCAGCUGAGUCCCUGGAGUAAGGGCCCCAAGAGAACCAGGGGGUUGCUGCAUGUUUUUUUUUUUCUGAAAUGGUUCCAGAAGCCACUGAGUAUCACUUCUGCUCUUUUUCAGUGGUCAGACCACUUACAAGUCAGCCCAGGUCAAAGGAAGGCACCUCUUUUGGAAAGAGGAUCAAAAACGUUGUGACCAUGUUUUUAAACCACCACAGGCUGUUACUUUGUAAGCUAACUUGUCUUUCACUGACCCCAAUCACUUGGGUCCCCAACUGCCUAUCUGACGACAACCCAAGGAGAAGCAAAAGAGCCAAGGAGAGAGGAGAGGAAAUUGGACAAGGUGUAGACACCUUAAUAAUAAUGACUGUCACACAUUUGAGGCAGAGUAGCCAAGUCACUUGCCCCAAGCCACAGUAAGUAGGUAGUGGCACCAGGAGUCAAAUUCAUAUCUUUCUGAUUCCAGAACUGGGUCUUCUGGAUGCUCAGUUACACUUUUUCCUCACGUGGCGUUCAAACACUUA